AUGGAGUUUGGACAGGCGCAGAUUCGCUUGGGGAGACAGAGCCUGGAGUCUCUGGUGCAGUGUGGUAUCCCUAACAUGGACCUCAUGGAUGAGGAGGAGACGCAGGAGAGAGGUAGAGGAAGCCGCAGGAAGAGGGUGGUCGGAGGGGUGCCUUCCAAACCGCACCAGAUCCAAUGGCAGGUGGCACUGGUGGACACGGGGAAGAUCGACUGUGGAGGGGCAUACAUCGGCAGCUGCUGGAUCCUGACGGCGGCUCACUGUGUCAGUCUACCGACGAAGCAGUGCACCAUGCACCCCAGAAACCACGGUCACACCGCAUUAACGCCGAAAGGAGGACCGCCAGAGGACCGCACCAGAAGCAGAACCACCGCCAAAAUAACCAACCGCGAUGACGCGAACCAGCGUCAAACGGACACCCCCGGGUCCGAAUCGGCGAUGGCUUCUGGGUGUCGAAACCAAAACCCCAAAAUGUCCCACUUUUCCGACACCUGUUUACCGGAGCACCUGACCUACAGCAGCGCAGAAGAGGGGACGUCCCAUGUGAUCGUGCUGAGCAUCCCAAACAAACACAACCCCCUGAUUGCGGACAGGAGGCUGGUGUGCGGCUCCACCUGGAACAAGGCAGCUGCAAACAUCUUCUGCAGAGAACACGGCGAGAAACUGGGUGCACAGCAAGCUGACACCAUCAGUUUCUCAGAGCUGCAGAGAGAGACUUCAGUUCAGAGCUGUGUCCAUGUGCAGUGUGAAGGCUUUGAGAACUCGCUGGCAGAGUGUGCGCUUCGCAAUCACACAACCCUGGACCCAACCGUCGCCAGGGCGAACUGCUACUCCGGUGCCACCAAAGGGUCAACUGCAAUGAGCACCGAGAUGAAAGACGAAGAGAUUCGCUUGGGGAGACAGAGCCUGGAGUCUCUGGUGCAGUGUGGUAUCCCCAACGUGGACCUCAUGGAUGAGGAGGAGACGCAGGAGAGAGGUAGAGGAGGCCGCAGGAAGAGGGUGGUCGGAGGGGUGCCUUCCAAACCGCACCAGAUCCAAUGGCAGGUGGCACUGGUGGACACGGGGAAGAUCGACUGUGGAGGGGCAUACAUCGGCAGCUGCUGGAUCCUGACGGCGGCUCACUGUGUCAGGUGA